GGUGACCCCUUGAACCGAUGUUGAACAGCCUCCGCUUUUCUACUCCAGGGUGCAGGCAAUAGUCUCCUGCGAUCGCGCAAAUACUCUCUGUAUAUGGGCUAGUGCAGAAUAGCUAUCAUGUUCUGUUGGCGCCUCCAAAGGGCUAAAUACCAGGUCCAUUCCGACGAAGCGAAGAGCUGCAAACCGUUUCAUUAGAGAUCUUAUAUCUAGACGAUAUUCUGGCUCAUGGCUGUCACCUCAGAUUUUCUAAUGCCUAUGUUGCCUUUCAAGGCAUUGACCGAGCCUAUGAAUGAAAUUCAACGGGAGAUUGCGGACUCUGGCCCCAUCGCAGGCGUUUCCCCGAAGAAUCAUGAUAGGCUAAAUAUGAUCCCAAACGGGACUAUUGCCGAUCUGCAAGAAAUGGACAUGGCCGAAAUCCAUAUCCCCGACAUGUUCGCUUCCUUCAUGUCCAUUGAACCAAACACAAGCUCCCACUACCUCAAUGUCAAGGCCGAAGCGGAUGCCUGGAUUGCACGGCAUUCCCUUGGGAUGAUCGUUGAGUUUGAUGACGGUCACCUACAGAAAGAUUUGCACGCGGCCGCCGAGGAGAUCGUCCAAAUAAUUGCACUACUGGAUGACUCACACCCCCUCAUCACACCCGAGAAGUAUCCCUUACGUUACGCUGCUCAAGUCAAUUGGCAGAAUUUCAAGAAGAAAGCAUCUCCAGCAUUACAACUCCGAUACAAGAGGCACAUGAAGGAAUGGAUGUUGGGGAUUCUUGGCCAAGUUGCCUCGCAAGGUAUUAAUCCCCGUAAUGUCGCUGUCAAAGAGUAUCUUGGCUUUCGGAGAAGAACAAUCGGUGUUAUGCCGUGUACAUGUCUAGUUGAGUCUGCUCUCGGGAUUGAAUUACCCGAGGAAGUCCUCGAACACCCUUCCAUUGCCACAUGUCAGCAAAUAUCUGCAGAUUUGACACUACUUGAGAAUGAUAUAUUAUCUUACAAUAAAGAUGUCAUAAAUGGUCAGGAGAUGAAUAUUUUAAAGAUCCUGGAGUUCAAAGGUUUAUCUCUUCAAGAAGCAGUUGAUGAGGUUACCAACAUGAUUAACGACUGCUAUCCACGUUGGUACCGGGCAUUAGCAGAUUUGCCGAGAUGGGGUUCCGACAUUGACAGAGAUGUAUUGCUAUAUGUAGAUGGUCUACGUGACAUCACCUUGGGUAGUCUUAUUUGGAGUUUUGAACGGGGUCGGUAUUUCAGCAAGGAAGAAGGAGCACAUCUGCGGCGGACACGUGUGAUGCGCAUGAUAAGAAGUGUGCCAUGCUAGAAGAGCCCGCGUGGAGUAAUAUCAAGAGGAUGAUACACUGCCAUCUGCGAAACCUUUUGUCUGUGUCUGAUGGAAAUGAUGAGCGGCAGCACGCUCGAUUAGCAAUCAGGAAUUUUCUCUAUGUGGCCUCUCAAUUUCGAGUGUCCGGACUACAAAAGCCUAGAACCGGGUGCUAUCACUGUUGAACGGCUGGUUUCUGUUAUUCACUCAAUGCAAGUAUGUUCUUAUGUGGGAAACAAAAAAUUAGAGCACAAAUUCCUUGUAAAGGAAGGGGUUCGUGCUGUCGUACAGGCUGUUCUACAAGUCUAGUAGCGAACAUGUAAGCG